UGUGAACAAACCAUUUGGGAUAGGCAGCCACGUGACACGCUCUUGAUCNUUUCAAACCAGUCUUUUGACUCUUCUGCCUUUUCGUCUNCCAAUACGCCAUCUGGACCAAAUUUUGCUAUCGCCAUGUUGUCAAUACUCCGGAAAGCGCGCCUCAAGGAUAAGGAGAUGCGGAUUCUGAUGCUCGGCAAAACUUCGAUAGUCAAAAACAUCAUGGGCGAGGACAUCAACACGGUCUCUCCCACUCUCGGCUUCAUCAUCAAAACAAUCGACUAUGAUGGGNUGAGGUUGCCUGGGGAUGUCGGCGGACAGAAGACGCUUCGGACAUACUGGAAGAACUAUUUCGAGAAGACGGACACACUCAUAUGGGUCGUGGACGGCACAGACCGAGAACGGAUUGACGAUUGCCGACAAGAACUGGAGGGGCUUCUUCUGCAAGAGGUAAAGGCUUCAGCACGAUCAGACGGAGUGGAUACUGAUCAGGACGGCAGCNGGUUGAUGGGAGCCAGUCUGCUCGUGUUCAAGAACAAGAGCGAUGUGGCAGGAUGCAUGAGCUCGGAGGAAAUACGCAAGGUUUGUGGUUCCCUUGCCAGCCGCGGCGGGGUCCCAAUGUUUACCAAGCACGAUACUGACUCGGACAAACCACGCAGGNCCUUGCGACUCGACACAAUUCACACGCACAGGUGGAACAUUAUGGAGUGCAGUGCAUUGACUGGAUUGAACCUUCAGGAAGGCCUCCAGUGGGUGGUGCAAGAUGCCAAGGACCGGCUCUUUCUGUAC